GUCAAGAGCGGCUGUCGCGUAUCACGGCCAGCCGCGGGUUUCUUCGGCUGGGAAACGCAGAGCUGGCGCGCUCUUUGUAUGAGGAGCGUCAGGGCUGCGGGAGCGGCCGUCGGAUCUUCGCCCUCUGGGCUGUCGAGACGCGUGUAGCGAUGAUCGCCCGCCCCUUCUGAGCCGGGGAAGCGCCCGGUGUGAGUCUGGGGUCGAUGGAGAAGUCCAAGAAUUUCCGUAUCGACGCGCUGCUGGCGGUGGAUUCUCCGAAGCCGGCGGCAGCCUCGACGGCUCAGACGUCUCCGUUGGCCUUGGUCACCUCUCUGUCCGGAGGGCCUGGCAACUCCAGCAGUAGCUCCAGCUCCAGCUGCAGCCCGCCCUCCUCGGCCGAGGGUCACACGAGCGCAUCAUCCGAGCGCCUGCGGACCGAGAGCCCAUCGCCGCCCCGCAUCCUGGGCGCGCACUGCGGCUUGGUGCCCAAGCCGGGCUUCCUGACGGGUGGCGGCGCCGCUGGUGGUCCCCAUCAGCACCCGCACGCCCACCCCCACGCCGCGCUGGGGCUUCAAGGCAGCGCGGCGUUGCACCCCCAGACGGCCCUUUACGGGCACCCCAUGUACGGGUAUCCGGCGGCGGCGGCCGCCUUGGCCUCGCAGCACACUGCCCUCUCCUAUUCCUACUCCCAGGUGCAGCCUUCGCACCCGGCUGCCGACCCUCUCAAGCUCGGCGCCGGCACCUUCCAGUUGGACCAGUGGCUGCGGGCCUCCACCGCCGGGAUGAUCUUGCCCAAAAUGCCCGACUUUAACUGCACCUUCGAGAAGAUUGUUACCCAUACGACAUUUGCAGCCACUACCCUGGUGUUCAACCGAGUUCUCUUCGGUGUGCAGUCUGUGGAACCGGAGAUACAUCGGAGCGCUGCACUUGGGCUGGAUUCGGAAAGGCGGAUUUCUGUAGUAAACGUUGGCAGCCCAGCUCUCCAGCUCCCUUCGCCUCGGACGACAGGGAUGCUCGCCUCGGAACACGCGUUCAGCCCAGGCUCUGAGAAGAGAGUCACAUUUCCUGCUCGCGAGGAAGCCGAGAAAGGACGGAGCUCGGGAGAGGCGGCCCAAGCUCAGUCCAACCUGCUGGGCAAAUGCCGGCGGCCCCGCACCGCGUUCACCAGCCAGCAGCUGCUGGAGUUGGAGCACCAGUUCAAGCUCAACAAGUACCUGUCCCGGCCGAAGCGCUUCGAGGUGGCUACGUCACUCAUGCUCACCGAGACGCAGAAGCUGAAAUCUCAUUUCUGGUUCUGGGAUUUUCGAAUGGUGAAGAUCUGGUUUCAGAACCGACGUAUGAAAUGGAAACGGAGCAAGAAGGCCAAAGAGCAGGCAGUCCAAGAAGCUGAGAAACAGAAGGGUGGAAAUGCUGAGCAGGACAAGGGGGCAGAGGAGGGGCAGCUGCUGUCAGGGGGGGCUGAAAAGAGCAAUGGGAGCCGCCGCCUGCGGGGACUCAGAGACAAUGAGCCAGAAGAAGAAGAGGAGGAAGAAGAAGAAGAAGAGGAGGAGGAGGAAGAGGAGGAGGAGGAAGAAGAAGAAGAGCAACAUUCUGGACAUUGCUGCCCCUACACUUCUCCUGACUGUUCUGAUAAGGAUGACGGUGGGAAGCAGCCCCAAAGCAGACAUGGGGGGGCCAACCCACAGCUGCCCCAGGCUCAAAUUCCUUAAACAUGGAGGGGGGGGGCUUGCCACCCUGGCUGCUCUCUUUCUGCCUUGGAUUCCAGGAAGAGCCAGUCCCUUUGAGGCUCUUGGUCCUUGCUGCCAAACAACCUUUUAGUGCUGCCCCUCUAGGGAUUUCAGCUUCCCAAAUUCCUAGCCAUGCUGGCUGGGAAUGAUAGGGCUUGUAGUCCAGUGCAUUUGGAGAGCACCAGCCCAGGGAAGGCACCUCUAAACUUAGCAGUAGUUCAGAUGUUUUUUUCAGUUGUGCACUGAUUCCCAAGUAGCUAUCUAACUAACCUUUCCAAAAUUCUGGCCCACAAUCUGUCCCAGGACAAUUAACUUCUCUCACAUUAAAGAUUAUUAUAUGGGUGAUUGUUAGGAUGAAUGCUGGGGGUUCCUUUGAUAGAACUUAUCUGUGACUUAGGGCAUCCUCCAUCUCAACAUCUCAUUUGGUUAGCCCUCCAACAUCCUUUUGGUGUCUUUUAAUGGGCACCGAAGGUACGUCAUUUUUCAACGACUGAUGGGAAGAUUAAGGUGCCAGUUCUGUUAUGUAUAACCUGAUGUAACUUCAGACUUCUCACUAACCUUUCAGCUUGCCAGCCACUGCCAAGGGUCAUAAAAAUUUAAAGACCUGGUCUUUACAAAUGCCACUGCUAUCCUCUCCCCUCUGUUCCAAGGCUUCUUUUUCUCUCUUCCACUUUCAUCCUAUCAAUAAUGGUGACAUAAAGCAUCAUUCAAAGACUGAAUCACAAGGUCAGAAAAUGGCACUUGAAACUUAUUUUCCCUCCUGAGGUUUGGUGUUCUUCAACUGCUAUGAGAAUGUUGUUAUUUAUUCUACAACAAGCAAGCUAAGAAUUUACACAAUGAUGGUUGGAACCACUCAGAAUCUUAGGAGGGCUUUAUGGUCUUUAUUUUUAUAUAGUGUAUUUAUAUAAAAAAUAACCUCUGCUUAUGCAUGCUAAGUUAUUAAUCUCCCACUGUCUUCACUACAUGUAAAAUAAACAGUUUUAUACAUAACCUAUGAAGGUUUACUAAUUUGUUUCUGUCUUUUCCAGCAAGGUAGAUCAUUAAGUUGGCCAACUUCUUUCCAUAACUCCAUAAAAAGGAAGAAUUUGGAGGAUAAAUAUUUCUUGUUUCACUUUUGGAGAGGGGAAAGAAACUGUGCUGAGAAAAAUAUCAGGUCUACUUGCCCAGUAAGAUGUAGUAUGAACACCCAAUCACCUUCCAUUGAUCUGACAAUAAAAUACAUUUGGAGUUGAACCAAAUUGAGAAGGCUUUUUAUCCCUCAAAAACAUAAGUCAGAGAAAUGGCCAGAA